AUGCUCCCGGCAUUGUUACGGGUAUCAUCGUUAACAAGAAUGGUGCUGAUACCUUUCCAUAUGGGUGCAUUUCUCAGAGCCGGAGAAUAUGAAUAUCAGGAUGCGGCAUCGGAGAGCGAAGUCGUUUAUGUUAAUUUUAUUUUACGUGAUGGAACGGUGAAGAAAGUGAGAGGCAAAGUUGGUGAUAAUGUUAUGUAUCUAGCACACAGGCAUAAAAUCGAUAUUGAGGGAGCAUGUGAGGCUUCAUGUGCCUGUUCCACUUGCCAUGUAUAUGUUGAUGAGAAAUUUUAUCAGAAGUUACCUGAAGCAAAAGAAGCCGAGGAUGAUAUGUUGGAUGUGGCCCCCGCGUUAAAGCCUAAUUCUCGUCUUUCAUGUCAAAUCAUUUUAACCAAGGAAUUAGAAAAUGUUGUAUUAACUUUGCCGCCAAUAACUAGAAAUUUUUAUGUUGAUGGUCAUGUACCGACGCCACACUGA